AUGACUUCUUCAAAAAGGUUUCUAUACAGAAAAUUACAUCUCAAGGGAAAGGACAAGACUCAAAUACAGAAAGACGAAGAACUCCUUAAGAAUAGUUUAAAUCGUAUGUACAGAAGCUCAACCGUCAAAAACUUUUUAGAUUUGAUUAAAAGGUCAAAACGAUUUAAGGAAUUAUAUCCAGACCACCAUACAAUAUUGUCUAGUAGUCUAGUACAGUUGGAGCAUCUAUAUUUAAUGUGGUGCCAAAUUCCUGGGAAUGAUUAUCUGAUUUAUGAGACGUGGAUAGAUAGUUUUCAGACUUUGAACUGUAGCUCUUGUGGAGGGCAACAGGAAGAAAUACAAAAAACUGGUACAAAUUCUGGAUUUACCAUGAGAGACCUACAGCGUUUGGACAAGUUAAUAAUGUACAUAAACAACAAAAUACAUUACAACAGCAAUAUCAAGCAAUUUGAAAACAAUAUGGCACAAUCUAAGCACAACCUGAAAUUACAGCAAGAGAACGAAGUACAAUCGGUUAAUAAUGAGGCACAAAUGAAGCACAACGAAGAACAAAAGAUUGCCAACAUAAACCAAGGGAAAGACUUAGAGAGAAAACUUCAAGCCCAUCGAGCUGCAAUGAGAGAGAGUCUAAACAUAGUUUGUGAUACUCUUGAAGUGUUAUUCGAAGAAUAUGUCAUGCUAUAUACAACAUUUCAAUAUCCCACAGGUACACCGCCACCAUAUACGUAG